AUAAAUAAUAAUUAGGGAUGAUAAUUAGGGAUGUUUGAUUGUUGUUAUAUCAAUAAGUAGUCAUUUUUAUCUAUAAUUCUUCUUUUCGUCAAAAAUAUGCAUACAAAAUUGUAAAAGAAUUUCGGCUAAAUGGAAAACCACGGAUGCCCGACGGAAACGGACACAGUUCUCAAAAAUUAUGACAAUAAUUUCAGCAAAUUGGCGCGUAUCUAUUUAAAAAAUAAAGUUUAUUUUGUAGAUUUGUUAUGUAAAAAACAUGGAUUCUUCAGUGGGACAAACGAUCGAAAGAAUUAAAAUGCAAGAACAAGACAAUGAAGUAAAACUUAGAGAAAAACGCGAAUUGAAUAAUACAAUGCUCGCCAUCAAUCGAGGAAUACGCGAUGCUUUGACAAACAUUUCGAAAUUGACGAAAGAAUAUGAACAACUUACCGUAACCACUGCUAAACUGGCUCAUCAGUUAAUUGUGGAACAAACACGUCACAGCGCGCUCAUUGAACAAGUUGAUAGCUGCUGCAAAGAAUUGGAGGAACUUCGUGACAAGUCUACCAAUGGUAUUUCUUCCGUGUGGAAUAAACGGUCAACAUUACUAGAGACGAUACACGGUGUCGCAGACAAAUGUGACAUUUGGGCAUUACUUAUUAAGCCUUCAGGUAGUGAAAUAGUACCAUGUAAAAAAGAAGUUCAGAAUACUGAGCCAGUCAUUUACGACGAUAGUAAACUGAAACAUGCUUUAGAAAGAAGAAAUAAAGCUAUUGCUGAACGUAACUAUUUGCUGUCUGAGCCUGAAGUUGGCGAAGAAUUUUUACGGUAAUUUUAUUUUCAACUAGCUACCACUACGGUUUCAUCUGCUUUCUGAUGUAUAACUCAUUAUUUAUAAACUAUAACAAUGCCAAGUUUUAUCAAAAGCCAUUCAGCCGUUAAGGCGUGCUUGGAUCAAAUUAAAUGAAAUCAUCCAAAAUUCUAAAUUCGUGUACCUAAUUUCUAUUGAACUUGCGAGACAAGCGCAAUGCUUACUUGUACACUAUACGUUAUGUACUGUAUACUGCUUGUUUAAGGAUCAAAAAUGCUGUUCAGUAUUCCAUGGAAAUAGCUGCUAAUGUGUUGUAAAUCUACAAAAAAGAAUUUCGUUGUCUG